UUGAUAACGAAAUUUAGAGUUUAGACAAAGUAAUAAAAGAAACUCACAGGGUCUCGUAAACGGAAAAAGUACGUCUAAUAAUAAUAAUAAAUAUUAUUUGUUUAACAACAAAACACCGACUCUUCACUACCGAAUACUUAAAACGGUUUAACUUUAACAUAACAGGUCCGUCCCCUCCACCGCGAAGCCAUGUCUGAAUAUGAAUCAUUUGGUGGAGGACGUUUAAAAUUGAAAAAUGAUUCUGGAAUAAAAAAAAAAAAGAAGAAGAGUAAAAAUAAAGAGAAAACCAUAGAAAAAAUGAAUAAAGGAUUAGAACAGGAAAAAGUAACUAAGGAGUACCAUGUACCUUCUACUAAAGCUGAAUUGGCCUUCAUGAAACAACAGGAAAAAUUGCAAAAAGAAAAAAUUCUGAAAAUUGCGUCUACUACUCACAAACAAAGAGUUGAGGAAUUCAAUCGCCAUUUAGACAACUUGACAGAGCAUUUUGAUAUACCUAAAGUUAGUUGGACGAAAUAGAGAUAUUCUUAUAAAAUUAUUUUUGUACAUUAAAAAAAAUUUAAAUAAUGUUUUGUAUUUAAGUUAUGUCAUUUAAAAUAAUUAUACUAUAUUAUACUAUAAUAUACAAAAUACAAUAGGUAUGUAUUAGCAUUUAGUACAUACAACUUUUACAUUAAAAUUAUUUUUAAUACAA